GAAGAAGAAAUCCUCACAUUCUUGUAAUUUGUAUCUUUUGUCUAUUGACGUUGAGGAACCACACAUUCAAAUGUAUCUUUUGACGCGUAUAAAACAUGACCACGUUAUGCUACAAGUUCGGUUAAACUCGGAUUUGCUCGGGUAAUCUCGGACCGAGGAUAAAUUCCCAAUAGGAGUACGGAAAAUAGUGAACCUCAUGGCUUGUACAGUCGCCCCCACCUACAGCUGCAGUACGUAUUAUGCACAGCGGAUUCGAUGUAGACUAGAUAGGUUAUUGCAUGCAUCUCUUAAACUGCUUUUCCGCUCGUUGGGAGAAAUCCGACAGCCAGGAUGGCAAUGACAUGGCAAAGAUAUCUCCAGGUGUUUUCUUAAAAGAUUCAGACGUAUCGCUGAAUGGAUUUCGGCAGUCUUUGGCUUGGGACCCGAAGUUUCGGCUGCGAGAUCUGGCAGCAGUCACCUCUAACUGGUGCAGUGUCACUUCAUACUCAUGUGAAAUGUGUGCAAUUUUUUUAUUAAUCGAAAGUUUUUAUACUCUAAUGUGCUGUGAAAAUAAACUAUAUCUCGUGUGCAAUAUACCUCCGAUAUACUACUGUGUGUACUGAAAGUGAAGUGUAAUAAUACUUACAAAAUUUAUAUUUUGGAACAGCUAACAAAAAAAAAAAUUGUCAAAUUCGAAAUCCAGUUAUUUCGAACAUGUGUCACAGCAUAUGUCUAGUGAACGGUGGCAUAUUUUAAAAUACGUAAUUUAUAAAUAAAUAAUAUUUGGCUAAUGAAACCAGUAACAGCGUGAUACACUCAAAUAUCUCAUCCAAAAAUCUUCAUUGAACAAAAAGAAAUACGUAAACCGUAAUGUGUGUACGAAAAUGUUUUGGAUCAUUAAGUGUACUUUUGUGGUCGCCAUGAAAGAUAAAACAUGAUGUCUUGAAACAGUGUUUACUACAGAAGUGUUUUUAUUCGUCUAAACGUUAUCAGUGAUAAAACCCAGAAGAUACGUGGCGCCAUAUCACACCGCCCCCUUACCAACACCACAUGUCCAUCAAUGAUACUAAUGCAAAACAACAUAACUUUGGGUGCCCCGGGCCCAGGGCAGCAGCUAGGGCCCCAACACCACCACCACCAACGUGUAUGUCACCAGCAGCAACAGCAUCAGCGGAUGAUGUGUGAGCGGUUUCCAGCGCCGCCUCCACCGCCCCCAACACAGCCCUCUCGCCUCGCUCCGCUCAACUGGGCUUCGGUUGCUUCGUGGUUUUUUCGCCCCGACUCUUCACCACUCACCUGCACCACUACAAACACCAACACUACAACUACCGGUAGUUCCUGCACAACCAGAACUACCAAUAUCAUCACCAGUAGGUCACCCGGUGAUCCCGCAACCAUCGGCGAAAGGCAUUUCGCCCUUGCGCCAACCAUUUGCACGGCUAUCCGGUGCACGGUUCCGAGCUGCUCGUGUGAAUGCUUCACGCCAGGCAAGAUGAAUAUACGCUACUGUGACACGUGCAACCACAGCUGGGUCCCACACGCCCUGGACAAGUUGGGGUUCCGGCACUUGUUCGGGCAGAGUCCUGUGGAGCCUGUACAGCCGAACGUGGCAUUCGACAUCGCUAGUCUAGUUCUGUACGGCUGCCAAGCGCUACCGAUCCGGCUCAAGAUUCUUCUGGACAGGCUUUUCUCUGUCCUUCAGCGCGAAGAGGUCCUUCAGGUUCUGCACGGUUUUGGCUGGACGCACGAGGAUUAUGCUCGGGGUUACAUUCUUCAGGAACCCCAUGGAAGCGUGCUUGAUCGGUGGAAUAUCUGUAGCCCAGAGGAGGAGCCCCUAGUCCUGCAGCAGUUCCUAAGGUUUGGCGAGACACGCGCAAUCACUCAGCAGCUGCUGCUGGCACAACAGGACAUAAAGCCGCCCCCGUCUACGUCGUGUUCGUCCUCCAGUGACAGCCGAAGUCUAGCGCCAGGCUCACAUCUACACCAGCUGAGAAUAGACUCUGACAUCAAGAAGUUCAUAGAAAGGACAAGCAGCCGCGUUGCACCCAGCAAACACCAGGACGGAGACGAGAGGGACAGAGAUCGAGAACGCGAGAAAGAUCGAGACAAAGAAAGAGAGAGGUCGUCCAAGACACUUCAGCACCUUGCGUUGCCGAGCCUGCAACAACACCCUCACAGAACUCACAAGCAGCGGACGUUAUCGCCUAACAGAAGACCAUCCCCGCCGACAACUGUAGCACACCAUCAUCACACAUCACAUCAUCCCCACCCCCUUCACCUUGGCCUUCACCAUCCCACGUCGCAUCCAACCCAUACAACUCUCCCAUCAUCUCGGCCACCUCCACCACCACCCAUGUCACCACUUCAGAAACAAGCUCCUAUCAAUCUGUUGAAACUGCCCCCCGGAGCACUCCCAGCCACAAACGGGCCAUGCAAAACUUCCUCACCUCCUAGUAGCAUCAGUAGCAGUCCUCUCAGCGUAUCACCGCUCAACCGCCUGCAGAGUAUGCAACCCUUCGAUUUUCGGAAGAUCGGUGGUUUCCCUGGGGGAAUAAGUGGUGUCCCGCGAGGUGGAAGCGGAAGUCCAGAAAUUCAACACCCGCAGGUGCGGAGAAGAAUAUCGGAAACGUCGGACACCAGUCCACCGGGUCUAAUGAAUCUGAGCAUUACCAGUCCCUCCUCCCUUUGUUUACCACCACCUCCACCUCCUCCUCCGCCAAUACCGGCGAGUUCUGCGCCUCCCAUCAGUUUCUGCCACUCUGCAAUGGCAGCAGCAGUUGCUUCAGCAGGUCCUCUGGCGGCAGCCAGUUUAGUAGCUUCAUCAUUGCCCGGCCUCAUUUCGUCUGUCACGACGCCAGGUAGCAAGUCUCCUUCAGCUAUGGUAACCGACUUCAUGAGUGGAGGAGGAAGCAGCGAAUUUGGAUCUGACGAAGAUGACGACGACGAAGAAAACUCGCACAGCGCACUUAAUUUGAGCAGAGAUGGUGCUUGUAUAAAGCCUAGGCAGCGCCACGGUCAUAUCCGAAAAGCUACGACACCUAUGAAAAGACAGUGGGGGUCUGGGACGGAGUUGCCUCUGAAUCUGGGGACACAGCUCAUUAACCCCACAACAGGGAAAAAGCGAGUGCAGUGCAAUGUGUGUCUCAAGACGUUCUGCGAUAAAGGCGCGUUGAAGAUACACUUCUCAGCCGUGCAUCUCCGCGAGAUGCAUAAGUGCACUGUGGAGGGCUGCAACAUGAUGUUUAGCUCGCGUCGAUCUCGCAAUCGACACAGUGCCAACCCCAAUCCUAAACUCCAUUCUCCCCACCUUCGUCGUAAGAUUUCUCCUCACGACGGUCGCAGUGCCCAGUCUCACCCCAUACUUAUCCCCCCACCUUCAGGACUAUCCCUCUCUGCUGCUGCAGCUGCAGCACUCAACCCCUUAUCGUUCAGUCCGUUUCCUCUCCUAACACCACCUCCUGAACUUCGACACCAAACUGCUCAUUCGGCCCUUUCAUCACUUGACCCCAAGCAGAGCCUCGACCUCAGCAUGCACAGGUAUGACGAACACCGCAAGAUGGACAUCUGUAACAAUACGACAUCAUCCGACGAGGCACCAAUGGCUAUGAAUUUAAACAAUCACCACACUGAUGACGAUAAUGAUGACGCUUAUGACGACGAUGAAGAUGGCAUCGUGGUUGAUGGCGGUGCGGAUGACGAUGAACCGGAAGGGAAUGAAGAGAGGGGAGAAAAUGGCAGCCCGGAGAAGGAUGACGAAUGUGGGACUCUGGUAAAACGAGUAAAAUUAUCUGAAUCUGAUUUGGACGAAAUUACUAGUAAUUUGGACAGCAAUGAAGACUCUCUCAGUGUUGUUGAUACUCACAGCCUAAAGGAGGAAAACGGGACCGAAUGUGCUGUUUUCACUUCCAAAAACGUUAGAAAACGAAAGAACCAAAAUCCUACUCGUUGCGCUAUACCAUCCAUUUUGGGACAUAAUGAUCUCCUGUCAGAUGAAGAUUCGUCAAGUGACGUAGUGUUUGCUGCUGCAACGCCCGAGGAAAAUGCUACUGAUAUUCAACAGUGUAUACCAGUUGAACAGCAGCAACAUCAAAGCCAGCAACAGCAGAAGUCACCUCAAAGUCAGUGUCUGCAUCAGUCCGAUGUGGAUGUUGCUCCGGUGAGCAGCAAUACAGUCACAGGCGAUAAAGAAAUUGUCGACGUGGAUAUGGAAGAAGACGUGCCGGACGCGGAGCCUGCUGAAGGAAACAACCAGAUGGAUGAAGUGCGUGAUGAGGUUAAUGAGAAAGAAAAGAGUGAAGUAAAACUUGAAGGACAAGAACGAAUAGAGGAAACUGAUAGAGACGAUUCUAGUGAAAUUAAAACAAGUUUAACUCCUCUCAUUCCAGCCGACAAGUUGAAGAAAGAGAAGUCGCAGCUGGAAAGGACUGAAGGUGAGGAGGAUUCCGCCGCGGCUUCAACGACGGUAGGUGAAGAUGAGCAGAAGGCAACGAGAGCUCCGAGUUCGGCUGGAAGCCACAACAGCGACGAGUCUCUGGACUCAUCGCAUGCUCUACGGCAGUUGGAGAGUCUGUCACACGGCCACUUCGGCGACUUGAUGCGGGGUGGCGGUCUCAACUUGGGGCAAUCCGCCUCGCCUCUCCUGCACUCCCAACACCAGUUCCCUUCCUUGGGCUUCAUGAUGGGAACAGGUCCUCCAAGUCCCGAAGGUUCUUCCAUCACGUCUAAUGGCCCCGAUUCACCUUCAGAAGACAACAGCCAGAACAUGUUUUUCCAUGAUUCUGGUGGUUUUAUUGGAAACUUGGAUGUACCCAUUGAUAAAGAUAACCCACGCCGUUGUACCGCUUGUGGUAAAAUAUUUCAAAACCAUUUUGGAGUGAAGACACAUUUUCAAAAUGUUCAUCUGAAACUCAUGCAUAAAUGCACAGUCGAAGGUUGUAACGCUGCGUUUCCGUCGAAGCGGAGUCGUGACCGUCACAGCGCUAACCUUAAUUUGCACCGUAAGCUUCUGUCCACUUCAUCAUCAGACAAAUCUGGUGGAGGACUGUUCCUAGACAAAUCUCCAUUUUCAUCCUUGGCAGGCAGCCCUUCUUUACACAGUGAGUUCCUUGCCCGCUUAUAUGCAGAAUCUCAAACCCUUCCCAUGAGCCUUGAAGCUUUCAAGAAUCUUCCCCAUUCUCAUCCUCACCUUGGACCUCCCCCAACACCGGGAAGCUUAGCAGAACAGAUGCUCAUAAACGGUGAACGAAUACCACCCCCACAUCCAUCGCUUUUAUUGCCUCCUUUGGGCAGUCUUGCCAGUUUUCCUGGUCUGAACAACUUUACCAGUCAUCUGUCAUCUCCGGCUGCUGUACUAUCUGCAAGCGUGAAUGGAACAACUUCUUUAAGUGAAAGGAAAGGUCGAUCAUCAGGAUCGAACUCCCCAAGUUCUCCGUCUUCGCCUCCAGCAGAUCGCGUGGUCAUUUCGCCGAAUUCGGUGCCAGGCAGUGCACAGUUGUCACUCGUGUACAGUGUCGAGGAGGACAUGCCAAUGCCGGAUCACGAAGGAUUCCUACCCUGCACCUUUUGUCGGAAGUCGCUGGCCGACACUGCAGCGCUCAAAGAGCAUUAUGAACAGCUUCACUUGGGAGAGAUGUAUCGCUGCACUGUGCCGGGCUGUGACAAAGUGUUUAGCUCCCGGAGCAAACGGAACCUACACAGCGAUAACGAAGCAUUACACAAAGCGACCCAACAGCGCACAUUAGCGAACGAUAACUGCUCGUGACACAGCGGGGCGUUCCUCCACCGCUAUAACUCCCUGGUGCCAGCGUGGUGGUAGGCAAACUAUUUUGUAGACUGAAGCGUUUUAAUUUAAAUCUAUGUAUUAAUAUUUAGGCAGAAGACCACCAACCAGUAUGUUAAAACUGAUCGAUCAAUGUAGCAAGUGAAACGUUUGAUCACCUUAAAUGUGAUAAUACGCCAUGCAUCUAAGAUAAAAAUGUUCACUUUCCCUAUCCGUUUCGGUGUAAGGAACUACUUAAAAGUAUUGUGCUAAAAAGCAGAACAUUUACAAUAAACAGAUUCUUCUUGCAAAAUAUCUUAAAUAGGAAAAAGGGCAAUUAAACAGGAGUGGAAGACAUUGUCUUCUAUUCUAACACUCAGCUAGAAUGAAUUUUUAAUGUAUGUAUGAAAUAAAGCUGUUUUGGUUAAAUCUUAGAAUUCCUCUUUGUGUACGAAAUCAGGUGUUACAUGCAGUAAGGUAAAUUUCAGAGCUUCUUAGAACCAAAUUCCAAGAUAUAAUUCAGUAGCUGGUAGCUGGUGACGGUUGGUAGGCGAACGUAAUGUUAUCACAAAUUUGUGAAAUAGAAGCAAAGUGAAACACGGGACUGUGCAACCAAAAUGUGUCACACUGCCACUGAAAGAAUACACAUCCCUUAUGUAAGAGAAUGCCAUAAUUGACGGGAAUUGGUUCACUGUAAAAAUUAAUAUAUGACAGCUGUGAUUGACUGCCUGUAUAAUGUAUUAACAAUUUACCAUACUCACAAACUUGCGCAUUAUCCGAGAUGUAUGAUAAUAAAAUACCAAGUGCAAUAAGUCAUAUGUGAGGGAACUGCAUCAUUGUAGAGGAAUGUCAUGAUGUUUAUAGUGACAUGAACUCUGGUGCGUGCCUACAUUUUCCUGUUGUGUGCAUAAGACAAACUCUGUACCGAGUUGAUUAUUGUUAUCUUGAAGAAGUACAGUGCUGGUAAACUGGAAACACUUUAUAAACACUCUCAAUGACGAAACCUAUAGACAAAUUUAAUCUUUUAUAUGUGUAUAGGUGUACAGAUAGGCCACAAUUUCGAAUUGGGAAAAUGCUGAUGAAUGUUUUCCACGCACUAAAAUGUUUGUGUAAUAUUGAUGAGAUGGAUGUCUAUCUUAUUGCUUUGUAUACGACUAGUUAUACUGAAGGAAAUAUCUGAUUUUUUGCCUCUAAGAGUAAAUAAAAUUAGUCUAAUGAUGUAAAGUUCUGUACCACUCCAGUAAAAAUACCUUGUCAUUAAAAAGAUGACUACUGUUCAAGUUCAAACUAUGCUCACGCACGUAAAUUUUAAUUUGAAAAUGACGUCAACCACAAAAGUACUGAACAAUGAUUUUAUUUUAUUAGUACAUCGUAGUGUGUAUUGAUGAACUACUCGGUCCACAGCCGCAGAUACAGAUUAUGCAGUGUGUUACUUCAAUGUGAAUGAAUAUAAAACCUCGCUUUUAAUUAUUUUGUAUUUAUUCCCCACUAUGUAGUUAAGUUUUCAAAAACAGGGUUUACAUAUUUCACCAGUUGUGAGGGGAUAACACGUCACAUAGAAUAUUUUCACACAACAAGAAGGCAAAAGCCAGUGCAAUAUGAAACUCUGUUUCAAACAAAAUAUUCCUGAUGCCUAAAUGCUUUCAACAACACGACUGACCCUUCCUGUUUCGGAGCCACUGAAACCUCUAAGACAGUUAACCUAAAAUUAUUUUCAAUACGGUUACUGUUUCCAUAAGAUUAACGUGGGCCUACAACAUUAUUCUUGUCUGUACUCUUCAAUUCAUAUCCGGAAAAUGUCGUUAGUAACACAAAUUGUGGUUAUCACAAACCGAGGAGUUACAUGGUCUAGAUUCAGAAUCAAUAAACUUAAGAAACCUUGCCCCUUAAAUUGAUCACUUCCCUUCCCUAUUGAUACAAGUUUGAACAUCUUUCUACAAAACCAUCUGAUAAAAAGUGUUUUUAUACUUUAACUUUCCGAAAACAACAAACAUUCACUCACAAUACUUUUCUUACGUAUUUUAUUUCACUUGAAAAUCAUCAAAUUGGUAUAGAGUUUCAAGUAUUUUACAUUAUACGUCCUGCCAAAUGCAAUAGCACAAUAUGGUCUGCAAACACCGUGUUCUUUAGCAGGCUUAUACAGAAUUCAAUGAGUCAGGCAGUGUUCUUAAAAAUAUAAUUUGUUAAUAUUUAAACGUUAAACACAGUUGACUAGUGGCAAACCUGCGAGAGAUUUUGUUUA